AAACGACGAAAACCCAGAUUUUCACGUGUGAUCUAUCUCUGAAAGUAAGGUCCUUUACGAUGCAUAGGCCACGAAAAUGUCGCUAGAUGCGAUGUGGUAAAAAGUUAGAUUUUUCACCUGUAGUUGUCUCUCAGAAAAUGCAACGAAGUUUGUUCCAGCAAGCCGUGCGUAUGCAUGGUCAGAAUCUUUCAGUCCUCACAGAAAAGCAUCUCCAUGAAGAUUUCAUUUUCAUGCAAGAAGAGAAUGACGAUGAACAGCUUGCUGAUCAGAAAGCAGGGGAGGACAACCAUCGGGAAUCGGCUUUGAAUCACCCCGACACUACCCCGGGGGCUCCCUACCAAGAUAGCGUACGUUUGACGGGGACCAUGCGAGAUCUUGUUCAUGUGCAAUCGCGUUCAACAACAGCGGAAUCAAGUGCCGAAGAGUCUUCAAAAUCAGACACUUCACCGGAAAUUCUACCACUUGGUGUGCCGCGGGAGCUCCAUGAGCCAUUUGAUGACCUGUCCACCAAGACCAAAUUGUUUAAAGAUGAUGGAUUUGUAUCCCAGCUCCAUAAUUUCAUAUCGAAGAAAGCCCACCUUCUAUUCAAGCCAUCUCAAGGAGCCAAAGAGUCUACCACGUUACCAAGCCUCCAGGACACUGUUGACCUAGACUACUAUGCUACUUUACCCCCAAUUGAGCAGUUCAUGGUCAUUCCUCCGGACCAGUCUAGGAAAAGACUCUUUGAGAUCCUUGCCGUUGGCGAUAUCAUUGCAGGAUCCAUCGUGGCCAUCAAAGAUUUUGGCAUGUUUGUGCAAGUGGUGUGCUUGUGUGGGAAAGAUGCCAGGUAUCUUCAAGAGUGUGACAUUGUUGGACUGCUUCCGAAGGGAGAGCUCGGUGAUAGGUACUCCCAGAAGUCUCAGCUUGAAGAUUUCCGUGCUGGCGAUGUGGUCCGGUGUAGAGUAGUGAAGACGGAUGCAGUCAACGAGAAGGUCAUCUUGACGAUGAUCAACCAGGGUGAACAGAAUGAUGAAAACCUUCUAGGUAUCAUCAAUGAAGGUGAGCUUCCUGUGCAUUACCGUCGCUCUCAAACCCAGCGAGAGACACAGGAGUCCUAUGAUGAGAUGUUAGACAAUACUCUAGGCUUUGACAACCCUUAUAAUGUAUCCUGCCUGGCUAACAUGCUUGAUAUAGACGAUACAGCCCCUCCUUCCCUGAUGCCUGGAUUGCAGAGUGCUAAUUUCCCGACAGAGGAGCAUGCAGAAGCAUUGAGGAAAUGGCAAUCUCACAAAUGGGCCAUGGAAAGUGUUGCUCGAGGUGUGGAGCAUUUCAAAGCAAGCCGUUAUCUUGAAGCCAUGCAGCAGCUUAACAGAGCUCUUGAGAUUGAUGCAGAGAAUGUAGAAGGCCUUGUUGCACGGGGGGCAUUGUUUGCAAACCAGAACAACUUGUCCAAGGCCAUCAAAGAUUUUGCUGAAGCUUUGAGAAUCAAACCGUCUCAUAAGAAUGCCAAUAGAUACAUGUGUCAGACUCUGUAUGAGAAAGGAAAACAAUGUGAAGAUAACAAUGAGAAAGACAAAGCCAAGGAUUGUUAUCAGAGCGCUGUGGACCUCAACCCAGAUUUCAAGGACGCCCUCGUGUGUUUACAAAGACUUGAGAAAACUUCUAGACGGAAGAGUGUCAAGGAUAACAGUGAGGAAGAAGUGCUUGUUACAUCAUCCGAAGAGUCCCCCCAGGAACAGAUAUCUGCCAAACAACUUCGAGAAAUGAUCACUGAAGAAAAAUCCUCCACCAAGAAGAAGAAGAAGAAAGAUAAACAAUCCCAGGGUCAUGAGGACGGGAAAGGGGAUACUAAAGUCAAGAAAGAGUUGAAGAUGGCAAAAAAGAAGAAGAAAAAGAAGAAGUUGAGGAGGAGGAGUAGCUCGUCGCCAGAGAUCUCUAAGUUGAAGCAGAAAGAACCAUCUAGUGAUUCAGAGAGUGAAUCGUCAGAACCACCAAGCCCUGUGCCGAAGCACAAGAGAGGCUCAAAAGAACCGAAAGAAGUGCAGUCUCCAGAGAGAGGCAGGCUCACAGGGAAGAAGAGAUCAAGAAAUGGAAGCCUCUCACCAAAAAGAAAGAGCCGUAGCAAAACUAGGAAAGCUGAUCUGAUCCGAAAGAAAUCCAAACAUGCUUCAGAGACAUCCUCGAGCAAUGAUGAUGAUAAAUUGAAGGAGGUUAAAGUAACAGAUAAAAGAAACCAUCGGAAGUCUAUGGAGAGGAUUAGCAGUGUAAAAGCUAAGCAUAAAGUUGAUUUGAAUCGGAGCAGAAAGGAUAGUGACUCUUCUGAGGCUUCAUCGUCUGAUGAGGAGCCUGUGAAGAAGAGAGAAGGCAAAAAGGAAAGUAAAGACCAAAAAGCGAAAGAAGUGUCUCAUAAGAAAAGGAAGAUGAAGACAAAGAAGGAUAAAAUAAAAAGAAGCAGAUCGUCAUCAUCUGUCUCUGAAGAAAGUGCAGAUUCUCCGUCUUAUUCUCCCAUGAGGAAAAAAUCCAAACCAGCAAAGAAGGCUAAGAAAAUGCAUAAAAGGUCCAAGAAGAGGUCAGAUAGUGUUACAUCUGGAAGUGAUUCCGGCUCAGACUCUGAGCGAAAGUCUUCCCCUCCCAGGAAAGCCCACAAGAAGAAAAAGAAGAACAAGAAGAAGAAAGCAAAGAAGAAGGAACGUGCAUCAUCAGUUUCGUCUCGGUCGGUUUUCAGUUCAGAAUCCGCAGAACGACCCAAGUCAACUGAGGAACAUUCUAAUAGGAAGUUCAAGAAAAAUACAAAAGGAGAUGAUCAUUAUUCAGACAGAUCCAGUUUGGAAAGUUCAUCUUCCUCAGAGCAGCAAAAGGUAACUAACAAGAAGAAAGAUUCCAAAGCCAGGAUUGAUGGAGACUCUCCAAUAAGACGAUCGCGGUCUACUUCUUUGGUUAAAAAAGAGAGACCUUCCAAAGGCAGCUCAGACGAAGGAGAGGAGAUCAAGAUUGGUAAGAAACGGUCCAGAUCAAGCGAGUAUAGUAUUCCACAAGUUAAAGAUCACCCUAAAAGGCAGUCAUCCAGAGAAGCAGGCCAUUCACCAACAAAUGAAAGACGACAACGAAUGACUUCUGAUGAAGAAUCAGAGGAGCACUCUAUGAAGAAAGCUGGGCAUAAAGGACAAAAGAGAUUAUCAUCACCAGAAAAAGAGGAAAGCAAAUCUGAUAUGAAAGACAAGACAGGGAGUAAGCAAAAAAUUGAGAGAAAAGAAGAGGUAGACAAAAGUUCAAGGAGAAGUAAAAGACACUCUAAGGCAGAAUCUCCUUCCAGUAACAGGAAACACAGAAGUGCAUCAAGGGAAAGAAAUAAGUCAGAUGACAGAGACAAAAAGGAAUCAAGAAAAUCACGUUCUCCUGCUUGUAUGUCGCCAGAAAGGAAAGAACCUUCCGGGGAUUAUAAACACGACAAAUUAGAUAAACAUUCUGAGUUCGGUGGUGAUGGAUCAUCAAGGGAGAAGAAUAAAUUUGACGAGAAAGACAAAAAGAGACAGCAGAGGUCAUAUUCUUCUGCCUCUGAAUCCCCUCCAAGGAAAGGCAAAGUUGAGGAGCACAAGGAAGCGAAGUCUGGUAAGCAUUCAAGGACUAGGGAGGACAGUCAUGAAAGGUUGAAGUUAACCAGGAGAUCAAGAUCUCUCUCUCCAAAAGGAAAAAGGGAAGAGGAAAAGAAGGAGCGUACUCCUAUUAGAGAAAGAAAACGAAAAAGAAGUGGCUCUUUCAAAGAUGACACAAAUUCACUUGAGAUGGAAAGACGUGAUCGAAAAUCAAGAGAUAUUGAAAAAGAAGAGAAAGUUAGACAUAGAAAGGAAUCGGGUGAAACUCGCAGUAGGUUUGAAUCUCCUGAGGGAAGCAGGUAUCGCCCCAGAUCAGCUGAUAGUGGGAAAAAUGCCAGAAAAGAGUCUCCUAUAGAGAAUAAGAAGAGUCAAAGCAAACAUUCUCCAUCCCCCUGGAACAAAGAUAGAAGUAGAUCAAGAGAAGAUGUGAAUCAAAAUCAAUAUUCAAGAAGUGGUAGAAGUACUUCCGUUGAUUUUCAUGACAGACAACAGAGGUCAAAAUCUGGGUCUUAUGAGAGAGAGAAAGACAAGGAACAUGAUAACAGAUCAAAAGACAAGAACACAGGAAGAAAUAGAAGAGAAUCAAAAGAAGAAAGCAGAAGAAGAAGUGGAUCUAUUGAUAGAGAAGGUCCUUCUAAAGAACGAAAAUUGAGUGAUGGCGAUCACCACAAAAACUCUGAUGAAACAAAUAACAAAGAUCGCCCAAGGUCAAGAGAAGAUGAAAAGAUCAAAGAAAGCAGAGAUGCUGAGAGAAGAACAAGUCAUGAUGUUAUACGAGAUGAUAGGGAUAGAGGAAGGGAUAGAAACAAGGAAAGCCAAUACCAUGAUCUUGACAGGUCUCGUCGUAGGGAAUCCAGAGACAGGGAAAGGUCCAGAGAAAGGGAGGGAAGAGAUUCAGGGAAGAAUGCUGACAGUUUUGGGGAAAACGGCAGGAAAUCAAGGGAAAGGUCCAGAGAAAGAGACAGAAAAGAUUCACGGAAGAAUGCAGACAGUUCUCAAGAAAAUCGCAGGAAAUCGAGAGAAAGAGAAGGAGAAAGGUCCCGCGAACGGUCCAGGGAAAGAGAUUCAGCAAAAAAUGUUGACAAUUCUAGGGAAAGAAAGGAAAGAUCUAGUGAGAGGGAGAAGGGGAUUUCUGGGAGCAGAUUUGAAUCAAAUAGCCGAGAACAGAAGAUUCACUCUGACUCUUCUCAAGACAUUGGAAAAGCAGGGACCAAAGCAAAGGAAGGUGAGCAUCAUCAGAUGCCCUCUUUGAAUAUUGAAGAUAUUCCAAUGCCUCCUGAAAAACUGACGCCGGUUGUUGAAGACAAGAAAGAACCAUCUCCUAUUCUUUAUGUGACAUCCAGUUCUUGCAAGGAUGAGAUCAUCAAGGUGAAAAGCAAGUGGGACACUGACAGUGAAGAUGACGAAAGUGGUGCCUCUGGACCCUCUCAGAAUCGUAGAGGUGGUGGAGGCAGGGGUGCUUCAGGUGGUCCAAAGUCUUUUGUACCCUCUUCCCAAUACAGGGGUAGCAAUGUUGGUGGGAAUGCUGGUGGUGGAAAAAACUAUGGAGGUAAUCGCAGACAUGCUGAUGAUAGCGUUCUUGAGAACACAUCCUACAAUAUAGGCAUUUCAGAAACUUCUCAGUGCUGUCAACAUCUGUCUGUAGAUUUAGAACAGGCUAUGCACCAUGAGCCGUUGAGAUUGAGGGGUGGAUGCGUUGCCAGUCCACCACCCAAAUAUGAAUCCGAUCACAGCGAUUCUGAUGUGUCUUUUAGUUCGUCAAGUAAUGUUGACUCUGAAGAACCCAAGCAAGACAGUUCAUAUGAGGAUCAUUCGUCGGUUGGAAGAAGGUACAAAUCCUCAUCAAGCGAUAGAAGUUCUGGUGAGAGGAGUAAAAAGCGGUUUAAGCUAUCAAGAAGGAGAGAAAGUCAAAGUUCCUCAAGGAGCUCAAGCACAAGCUCUUCAGGAAGCUGGAGCAGUAGAUCAUCAAGCAGGAGUGACAUUUCUCAUCCACCAAGAGACAAAUCUCGCUCUCCAUCUUCUGAAAGGUCAAGUAGCAGUUACAGGAGCUAUGGCUCUAAUAGCAAAUCAUCAAAGGAACAGAAAAAAACCCUCAGACAGGAUGACCAAGGGUCCAACACUGAGACUUCAGAUGCAGAGUGUGCAGAUGAAUACAAUCUUUUUGAUAGUUGGGAGGACUACAUGGACACUAGGGGCCAUAACCUUGGUAAAGAACUUCAUUCCAGUAUUAGAGAACAGCGCACUGUAAAGCUAGAGACUGGUGGUAGUACAGUAGGAAAGUUUAAUAGAAAUAGUCCUGUACACACAGACUCUGAAGAAGAUCAAGAAAGCCCUAGCAAAACUGUCCAGACUGAGAAUCCAGAUGACGACAUUGCUGAUGACGACAAUGCUAAAUGUGAUGAGGAUAUUACUGAUAGUACUGAAUGUGAGAAUGAACAAAAGACUUGUGGUGAUUUAGGAGAAAAUAAAGAGAGUGGAACCUUGGAGAAAGCACAAGGUAUGAAAAAUCAGGCACCAAUACUUUAUAAGGAAGUUCAACUUGAUAGACACUCUAGAAAAAGAGAUAGAGAUGACUUUGCAAGUAGUUCAGAGCAUGAAGCCAACAAAGUCAGCCAUUAUCAGGGAUCAAGCACUAGUAGUAGAUAUGGCCAAUAUGGGUUUCGAGCAGUUAAUGUUAGGCAGGAAAAUUACAGACACAAUGAAAACUUGAAUGAAAGUUAUCCUGUAGAAUAUGGAAAUCAACUGAAAGUAAGACUCAGCCAUGGAUCUGACCGUCAUCAUGAUCAUGUAAAUGCUGAAAGACGUCAUGGUGGUCAGUGGUCUCAUGAUCAUAGAAGUGGCCAUAACAAGGAUGAAAGGCACCACAGAGAUGACGGCAAUUACAGAGAAAAUCACCAUCACUCAAGACACACCUACCCUCAACGAGAGGAGAGGCAAGAUUACCACAGACACUCUCAAAGGGGUUAUGGGAAUCAUAGACGAAGAGAGCACGGUUUUCGAAGGAGAAGGGAUGAUGACGAUUGGGGGCGAGGUGUGAAGGAAGUCCAAGAACGGGGCACUUUCUUGGGGUUGGUGACGAAAUCCAAAGAAGGAUUAGUCUCACAGUUGUACAGUGUGUGUUCCUCAGCUCUUGAAUUAGUGCGAUCUGAUCACCGUCAGUGGUGGCUAUGACAUUCAUUCACUUCGGAAUAGGUACAUUAUGUAACUUCUUCAGGUUCUUUUGUUUCGUCUACUUUAUAUAUUUGUUUUCAACUGAAUUGAGUUAACAUUGCAGAUACAUGUAUGUUUCUCAAUAGUGGUUUUAUUUUUUGAUUCAUUUCCAAUGUCCAUUUUCUUCAGAAAUUAUUUCAAUUAAUAUCAAAUCUGAAAAAUAACUCAUCUGUAUUUUUUAUUGUAAUAGUAAUUGUAUGGAAUUUAAUUUCAUUUCUUUAUUUUCACAUUUUACUGAAUAUUUUACCCGCAAUGAUUUACUUCCUGUGUUUCCUAUGCUUUGUGUGAGCACAGGUCAAUGGGUGAUUUCAAGUUCGGUGUUCGGUGUUGGUGUUGGUGUUGGUGUUGAGAGCGUAAAAAGGCCGCUGAACCGAGCUCCAACACCGAGCUGGGUUCAGAGGAAUGAUACCGAUUGCGUUAUCGAUAGCACAUGACGUCACGCCUCUGCGCUGCGCUGCUAAAUCAUCUCAACUUCACGCGAGAAGUCUCGACGACGAAAAUGAAAUCGGAGAGAAAUGCAUUGAAUCCUCAUCGUACAGAAUACCAAUGUUUUAAUGAAUUCAAGAAUUCAAAAGAGUGAACAUUAUUCUUCAUCAAAAUAUAUACAGCUCAAAUGAUUUGUACUCAUCUUAACUGUAAAAGCUAAUUUUACGGGGAUGUUUCAUUGUGUUCGCCGCCUGUUCACGAGCUUGAGAUUGCCAACACCAACACCAACACCGAACUUGAAAUCAUGAUUUUUCCCAAUCCCUGGGGGUUGGUGUUGGUGAAUGGGGAAAUUGCACGUAGAUCGUCAACACCAGCCGCAGUGCUGGGUUCAGCAGACGACAUUCAACACCAGCAUUCAACACGAACUGCCGGAAAUACGUCAUAUUUUCCGAGGUCAAUCCCAACACCAGCCUUAUUUCAAGUACGGUAUUGUGGCUGGUGUUGGUGUUGUCACAACACCAACACCAGAUUUCAACACCGUACUUGAAAUCACCCAAUGUAUAUUAUUUGGCGAUCAUUUAUGUUGGCUUCAUCAUUUGUGACUAAUUGCUUAUUAGCAAUGGCCAAUCCCAGUAAUUGUUUAUUAAUAAUUCUUACCAUGAACCAAUCAGAAUCACUGUUUCAUAUUUGUCCAAUUCAUUACAAACCUUUAUGGGUUAGUAGGCUGUCUGGAUUGACGCAAUUAAUUCAUAAUUUGGUCCCUGUAAUCAUUGGGUUGUGGGUGGAGACAUUAUUUGCUCAAAUUUACAAAGUUGCUUUUGAAUAUAUGAUCUGAAACCAUGGUAUAUGUUGCUUUGAUAAUUCAGUGCACACAUAUUUUGAGAACCCGUUCAAUAAUGAAUGUUGGAUUUUCUCGGUUACUUUUGGUUCAGCAUUGCUGCAUGCACUGCUUAUGUAAACUUAUUUUGCAUAAUAAUAAUAAUAAUAAUAAUGAUAGCCAAUUUUAUAUAGCGCUUUUCCCAGAAUGGCUCAAAGCGUGGUACAGCAUAUUGCUACACCGGUCAUUGGAUUUAUUUCAAUUCUGCACGAAAAGUGCACAGUUUCCACUCCCUGGGGAGCAUUCCUUGCAUUCAUCGCAGCCUCCUUAUGGUGCUGGCAAAUUCAAACAUACAGUAUCUUUCGCAUCCUACCGGGUAUAACGUGUACUUAUUAAAUCAAAACUUAUCAUGGGAUCAUCAUUGCCCUGGCAUAGUAACAAGCAUGUGUUGUAUCAUACGUAAUAAUAUAAUAUGAAUACUGUAUGUAUUCCUUGUACUCUUUCUCAGUAUAAAAAUAAGUGUAAGUAUAAUUUCAUGAAAUUGAAGUGGUUUUAGGAAGCCUACCUCAAUGCAGAACUGGGUAGCAUUUCAUAAAGUGACUUCAAGGAUGUUUUAUUUGACAGGGUAUUUUUUAUCUGAUAGUUACCAUAGUAACCUUUUUUUUCAGCCAAUCAAAAUCAAGAAAAUAUUUCAGAUAACAAAUGAUGAUGAAAUGCUCUCCAGGGAUAAAUCACCUUUCAACAUUGUGUAUGAAAAUAUCAGAGCCUAUAAUAUCAAAAGCAUUAAUAAGCAUAAAUUAUCAGCUUUGUGUACCAUUGGAAAUGUAAAAGCAUCGGUCUGUGUACCAUAACUUGUUCUGCUGACUACGUUGGCUGAACUUAACCUCCCUAUAUAAAUGUAGGAAAGAGAUCAUCUCAAAUGACAGCAAUUGAUGAUUCAAUCUUCAGAACAGAAAGUACUUCAUCUCUACCUGAUGACUUGCAAACACUGAAAGGAGUGGUCCAGGCUGGAGAUAUUUCUAUCUGAAUAAAUAUAGUAAAAUUCACAAAGCAAAAUGCUGAAAAUUUGAUCAAAAUUGGACAAAAAAUAACGAAGUUAUUGAAUUUUAAAGAUUUGCAUUUUUCCGGUGAAACAGUUCUAGGCAUGUCUUUAUGAAUAUUCAUUAGAUGGGCUGAUGAUGUCAUAUCCCCACUUGUUAUUUUGUAUUUCAUUAUAUGAAAUAAAGUUUAUUCAAAAUUUUUCUACCAAGAACUAAAACAAUUUGAUUGACAACUAAUGAAGUGCAUUAGGUAUUUAUUGCCGCAACUUUAUGAAAAAAAAUGAAACAUUUAUGAUUUUAUGUAAUAACAUAAGAAACAAGAAAGUGGGGAUGUGACAUCAUCAGCCCACCUAAUGAAUAUUCAUGAGAUGUGCAUAUAACUGUUUUCACAAAAUAUUGAUAAAAUUAAAAAUUCAAUAACUUUGUUAUUUGUUAUAAGAUUUCGAUGAAAUAUCAGCAUUUUGCUCAGAGAAUUUUACUCUAUUUAUUGUUAUGAGAUAUCAAUAUUUUCAGCCCAGACCAUCCCUUUAACACUUUAUGCGUUCUGUAUACAGGGCCCUGGGAAAGAUGUUAUAGGGAGUGCUGCUUUGGAAGGAAAACUUGACAAGCAUGCACCCCCCCCAAAAAAAAAGAAAAAAAAAAAGGGGUUUUCUCUCCAAAGUGAAGGUGAUUUUGAUUAUAUUUUUACUUUUUAGCAUCUUUAGCGACCCCAUUUCCAGGAAUACAAAAAAUACAAAACCAUCUCUCACCUUACGACAAGACUUACCUUUCAACAAAAUUGCAAAAUCUACCCUAGUAUUAGUGGGGCUCUAUUGUAAUAAUAAGAAACAAAAAUAUGAUUUGAAUCAUACAAUCAUUAUCAAUUUUCCAAGUAAUGAUUAGCUAUAUAUUUCUUAUGGUAGUUUUUCAUUUUGAUAUUUUUGUUUAUUGUGUCAUAUUACGCAUUCCCUUUUCCAUUCAUCAUUAGCACCUCCCACUCCUGACAUGUGCAAGCUGCUGUUAAAAGCUACUGAAAUCAUGAGAUCUGAUUGGCUAAGCUGAUAUGUGCCACAGAAUUUGAAUUUAAUGUUGUUUAAGAUUAUUUAAAAGGGCCCAAAAUAUUUCUGUGGGGUAUCAAAAGUGUAAGUUAUUGAUAGUUUUCUUCCGAUGAAAUCACAGUUGAUAAUUUGUAAUGUUGUAAUCAUUUGUAUUGAAUUAUGAGGUGCUGUUUAAUUGCACACAUUUAAAGUUCUGUUAUCGCCCGUUGAAAAAAACAACAACAUAGCAUUGAAGUCAUUGAUACUUACAUUUUAAUCAGUCUUUACUACCACAAUAAAAUAACGCAACACUGCACAGUCAACGGCCAAUUGAAAGAAUCCAAUUUAAGUUACCACCAAUGUUUGGGGGUAUUCAUUGGUCCAAGAAUGUAAUUUAUUUUGGUAAAUGUAUGGGGUGUGAUAUUUUUUUAACAACAGGAGGAUUGUGGAGUCAGCAACAAUGGUUGCAUCUUAAUUAUAUUCUUUUGGAUUUUAAGGAUCGUAUGAUCAAAUAUUUUGGGGGGUUUCAUUUGGUAUGGGACUAUCUGUGAGUAAAUAUGUCUGAUUUUUUUUGUUUGAAUACUUUUACAUAUAUGUAAUUAAAAAGUUCAUUUCAAUUUCAUUGUUAUUUUUUGUGGGUAGUCAAUUCUCUUAAUAGUUCAUCUUAUAAAUACCCUUAAUAAAUCAUAGUACUUUUAUUAAUAAUUGGUUGAAUGUUUUGGUUACCAAUAAUAUUUUACUUUCGAAAUUGCUCAACUCUUAAAUGAAAUUUCAUUUUCAAAUACCUGAUCAAUAUUUUGUGUAUGUAACAUUCAGAGUGUUAACCUAUGUGUUUUAACACACAUUUAUUUGUCAAAAUAUUUGAGGAGUUUCAGAAGCAAGUGUACCCUUUGACAUGAUGCUGAUUGUAUAUAUUUAUCAUUUUGGAAUUGGAGGAUACAGCGUAAUGAUGUACUUACAUUACUGCUGCCGAUGAAUUAAAUUCUAGUCUCGAUUUGCCAAAAUGAAUU